AAGUCCUAGAAUCUCAGCCAGAGAGUGGCAUUAAGAAAGAGAAAGAAGAACUUAAGGAUAGAAACCAAGAAAUUAGAGUUGAAAUGGCUGAAUGUAUUGGAGUCGAAAAGGCUGAACGGAUGGAUGUUGAAAAGACAAUUGUUGCUGAAGAAGAAAAUGGAAAAUGGAUGAAGGUCAAAAGGCUAAAAUCAUUGGAUUUCAGAAAUCUUGGAGAUGCCUGUGACCAACAACAAGAUGAUGAAAAAAGGAAAGCUGUCAUAAAGAUUUCGAAAUUAGCCCUCAAAGAAAUGAUUACUGUAUUGAAUAAUGAACCUAGAACAAAAGAAAGAAUAAUGACAUUAGAGGUGGAACGAAGAAUCAUCAACAAAAUAAACAAAGGAAUGCCCUGGUACUUAUCUCUGCUUCAAUCGGCCUUAAUGACAUUCGAUCCUGGUGGAAGCUUGUUUCCUGUCGUUUAA